CCAUCUCAGAGGGCCAGUGGCUUGCAGAGGGGCCAGGGCGGUCCUGUACCUGUAGCCUCCAGAACCAUGGGGACAGGACGACGCAGCCAGUCUUUGCGAGGACCCCGACCCGCCUAUGGAAAGCUCAAGGAGCCCUGGGGGAGGCCCCGGGAAAGCCAACUCCGCAGGGCAUUAAGCCUCAGACAGGGGCAUGAGAAGUCCAGGUCUCAGGGCCUGGAUGUGGGCACAGAAGGACUGGAUGUCCCUGCUCAGGAGCGGCUGGCAGGCAGCCCAGAGGACACAGAGCAGCUGAUCCAAGCCAGACGAGAAGGCAGCCGGCGGUGGCUGAGGCAGUACCAACAGGUGAGGAGGAGGUGGGAGAGUUUCGUGGCCAGUUUCCCAAGUGUGACCCUGAGCCGGCCAGCCUCACCAGAGUCGCCCCUGGACACCACCAGUUAAUGUCGCCGGAAGCAGUGGAUGAGACACACCUGGAUGAGACAACAGCAUCUGCCACCCUGCCCCUUCGUGGCUCUUCUGGACUGUGGACAGGGCGGACUCCUUGACACGCCUGCUGUGGCCUUCCUCACGUGAUCCAGUGAGGCCUCUGCCACCAGCUUCCUUGAAUGCCAUGCCACUGCCCCCCUCGGCCCUGACUCUGCCUCCACAAGGCUGCUCCCAGCAAAGAUUACUCCCCACCCAGGGCUGAAAUGCAGCGGGCUCCACUCUCUGCCCUCUGUGCUUGGGGGCCCCUUGGAAUAUGAUGCUUACCAGUGGCUUAGAAGCCUUCCCAGAAGAGGAGAUGCAAAUGCCCCUGCCCGGAAUAAGAGGAGUCAUCAACUUCCAGGAUGGAGCCAGGUGAAGCCAGACCCAUGGCAGAAAGGCUCUUAAACAUUGCCUGGUGGCUGCUCCGACCCAGCUGCCCUUCUUGCCAGCUGCUAAUAGCGGGUCAGGACAUAGUCUCCCUCGUAGAUGGUGAGCCCCUAAGGGCAAGGACCCUGUCUGGGCAGACCCUCAGGACACUGUGUGGCUGAAAGUCCAGGCCUGCAAGUCUCAAUGAAGGAAGCAGGGAUAAGCUUCUCUCCUCAUGUGACAGAAGGGGAAACUGAGGCUGGGGGGAAGGAUUUUUUGUUGGGGCAUAUCUGGUCCCUUGCUGACUCAAAGCCUCUCCCAAGCCCUGAGAGACAGGCAGAGCCCAUGGCAUGGCAUCCCAGAAUGGUGGGGCACGGAUGCCAGGGUUAGUUUUCUGCAAAUCCCACAGGAGGCCUAGCCUUUCCUGUGGCUUCUCACCUUUCUCCCUAGAGGGUUUGUACCUACCUUGUGUCAGCCUCGAGGCCAUCUUCAGAGAACCUGGCUCUCCCAGCCUCCCAUCUUCCCAUUCUCCCCCCAACCUGUGAGGCAAGGCUCACUCUGAGUCUCAGAGAGGACAAAAGUCUUGCCUAGGGCCACACCCAGGGGAAGGGUCAACUCCGAAGAGUUUGAGCUCUUUGAGAGGCACUGGCACAUCGUGAGGGACCUCUGAGACUCUCUGGGCUCAACCAGACCCAAAAUCAAAGGUGAAAGAACAACUCCACAUCCUGGUGCAAAAAUCUGUGUUUCUUUUUAUUUUUGCUGUUGAGGGGAGGGGGAGGUAGUCUAGCAGAUAAACGGUGAGUUCCUGUUUCCCCAGAGCCCAGGACCCUUUAGUCCCAGACAGCCCAAGAUGUGGCGUACAAAAUGUUAGAUCAUUGGGAAAGUCAUGACAAAUUUUUGCAUAGAAACAUACGUCAGGGCCA